AUGAUAUACUGUAAGUAUAUUAUGAUUACUGCCUGUCAAAUAGCAGGUAUUAGAGCCUCUGUCUGGUUCACAAAGCCAGUUCUGGAGAAGCAGGAGAAGAAGAAGAAGAAGAAGAAGAAGAAAAAGAAGAAGAAGAAGAAGUAA